AUGUCUCCGCGGGUCUCCAGCUCCUCAAGCGGAACAGGAAGUGGGCAAGGAACACCCCAGUUCACUUUCGUGACAGAGAACAAGCAGUCGGAAGCGCGGAGCCAUGCAAUGAGACAACACUGGAAGGGUAGGCAUAAGCGCAAACAGGAGUCGAAGACAUCGCAUCAGAAGAUGGCCUUAUUGUCGCGAACUCUAUUGCCGCAGUUGACGAAUGCCCUAGACGAGGAGAGCUCGCCGGGGUUGCAAUGGGACAGCGAUAACGAUAGGGAUGCAAGUAGUGGGACGGGUGAGAAGGUGGCGGAGAAGAAACUUGAACCUCAAAAUCCUGGCAUCCCAGCCCAGCUGUUCUGUGGCAUGAGCUACGCUCUUUCGAGCUCAAGGCCUGACCCGUUCCAAACGUGUCCUGUGCAUUUGACAAGCAAGCACCAGAAACUUUUAUAUCAUUGUGCGUAUUUAGCGUUGAGUUACGCUGACAAUCUGGGCUGCUUGCCUGUGGCAAAGCAUAUGUGCUUACUUUAUACAGGGAUAAGCACGCAUGCGGCUAUGAUGUUUGAAGACUUAGAAGUUACCGAGUUUAAUCCAAUGAGAGAUGUUUGGUUCCCACUGGACCUUUCAAAUGCUUCGUCUUUCAACUGCAUUAUGGCGCAUUCAGCUGCCCACUUGGCUCAUUUAUACGGUGGAACUCUUCCCGACGAGGAACAACUUCUUCUGAUGCCCUGA